AUGAGCAGCGGAGCGCCGCGCCUGGAUACGCGCCACCACGUGCACUCCGCGCAGUCUUCUUCGUCGCGACAGAUUGACUCUCGGCAUGAUGCAAGGGGUGGCAGACACGACGGUGGUUUGAGUUUCAGUAAGACUGCCAAUAACCCCGAAUUGCAAGGAGAUUCUGCGCGGGGGUCUUCGUCGUCGACGGAUCCAUCCUCGCUGCUGGGCCCGACCACAGCCCACUUGACACCGACACCUGAGUUCCCGUUGUAUGACGAUGAUAGACACAGUUCCUCGUUCUCCUCGUCACAAGUGUCGGAUUCACGGGGAACUUCAUCAGUUGUGUCGCAGCCGUCGAAGGUAUCCAAUUCGGUCCGGUCCGUGUCGGGAGGCAGACAGCUGAGCAUCGAGGAAGCGAUCGCGGGGCAGCAGGCCACGCCCCGACCAUUCUCGCUAUCGCACAGUCCUUCUGGAAAGGGCUCGCCGGGGAAGCAGCGUGCGACAGGGUUUGCUGCGUCUCCUGCGGAGACGUCGAAGACGGGGGAAAGAGGGGUGGAGAGGCUCCGGUCAAGCAGUAUCGGGUCGCUCUCCCGCGAAAGCCGAAUCGCAGCGUUGUCAGUGCACCUGCGCACUCGCCUUUCGUAUGCGGCGGCCAAGAUUGAGAAGAGCCGACAGAUGCAGAAGGCCCAGGACCUCCCGCCGACGGCGCGCAUUGACUCGCUGGUGCGAUCGGGGCAGCUCGCCUAUCUCGACCAGGUCGACGCACAACACCCAGAGGGAUUGGGCUCGCCUGCCAGCACGACGAUGUCGUCGCCGGACAUGUAUGGCACGGCUGGGUUCAACCGGCUCGUUGGGUCGGCGCGGCUCUCCCCAGCGGCUUGGUCGGAGGCUGCUGCAUCUCCUCAUGCGGGAUUUUCGAGGAGUCAUCAUAACUACCAUCAUCAUCAUCAUUCUCAUUCUCAUAUAGACCACUCUAGUCGUCCAAAACUCGCCCCGCCUGUAGAUAUCAUCUCUAAGGGAGGCAGUCACGGCAACCGACGUCGACGUCCGAAUCCAAACGAGCUCAUCAGCCCGCCCACCUUCACUCAUCGCAGACAUCAUUCCCACCAGGACGUGGGCCUGUCCCAGUCCAGCGCAAACUCAGACACCAUCCUAGUACCAGGGACGCCUCCGCUCCAACCGUUCGGCGCUAUGCCCUCCGCGCGCCAUGGUGGCGUGGCGGAUGAGCAGCACGACCGCGCCCGGAGUAGCGCAAUGGAGCAGGACGCGAUCGAGACGCUGCUAUUCAUGUCCAGCCCCGGCCACUCGGGGUACCACUCGACCCACUCGCAGCAUUCCCGGCGGCCUCAUCGGCACCAGAACGUCCCGCGGAGCAGCCAAGGGUCGCAGGAGUCGAGUCUGCGCGUACCGUGGAGCCGGCCUAAUAGUAGCCAUAGUCAUGGUCAGCCACGCGCCAGGUCGGCCGAGGAAGUCACGGGGUUAGAAGCCCAGGCGGGCGACGAAAUUGACCGGAUGCUGGACCAGAUGGACAGUGACAGCGAGGAUGAUGCAGCCCGAAUAGCCCGAUCUCGACGGUAG